GUGACCUUCAAGUGCUCAGCCUCUCCAUAAGCCAUUUGUGCCGCUAUCCUCUAUCAUUAUAGUGCUUCCAUCAUUAAAUGCGCGUCCAAUAGGACGCAUCUGUCAUUUCGUCUGAACUGAGUUCCACUGAGUCGCAAACAAGGAUUAUGAAGAAACAUCCACGAGUGUCUCCAUCAUCCUUUCUUACGGGUCCGUUCAACCUGACAACACAUAUACGACUGUCUAGUGGGAUGUAAUCAAUUAGCGAGUUUCCUUUCCUAGUGCCCAAUGCAAUUCUUACACUAGCAGGACCAUGUGAACUAGCCGAAGAAUCUACCGACACCAUAAAGUGAAUUUUUUAGAUUCACUAUGUUUGCAAGGUGAUAGUUAAGCGAAUAACCACGCUUGGGUCUUUUAUACGUAUCUUCAAAACAGCCCACAGUCCCAGAUACCAAAGCUGUAUCUAGAGAAGCCUGUUUUCAACUUGGUAUAAGGACUGAAUAUUGGGUUCUGCAAAAUGAAGCUGACAGAGGGGUUUAAGGAAAAUACAGGUAAUAUUUUUCUAGCUCAGAUUGCUGUCAAGAGAGGGUCGAGAACCUACCUGUGGAAUGGUAUUAAUAGUGAUAGGAAAUCAGUAAGAUGGAGAUGGGUGAUAACUAGGAAAGCUUUGUGUGCUUAUGGAAGUGAGUAAAAGGUGAUAAUUUCCUGGCGGCCAACACUAAAAUUUCUUCAGUCAGCACUUGUCCGUACUCUUGGAAACAGGACUUAAAAAUUUUGGCUAUAUAAAUCUGUGCAUUAUACUUUUUAUUGUCUUUUUAUACAUGUUUCAGAUGUGGCCUCUCAUUCUUCAGUUUAUACGUUCCAAUAUUGCUUAUGUAGCUUUACCAUUUGCUGCUGUCGUUGGAUUUGUUGGAUAUAAUGCCGAAAGUUGGUUACGCAGUCCUGAGGCAAUUUCAAGUUCAAGGCACAAUCCUAAACAAACCAUCUCAGAAGCCCGCACAGAACGUCAGUUAGCCAGAAAUUUAAGCUCUUCUGAGGGUCCUCAGUCAGUUUCUCCAGAUUCUGAACUUCAGUAUCGUAGUUCUCCUAUUUUUGAUAAGAACAAAUAAAUGUGCUUAGAUUAAUGACCUGUAAAAAAUGUGUUAUUCUCUUUUGUACUAGGGGAAAUCUUGUAAUUAAUAUUUAUAGAGUGAUGAUUUACAUUAUAUGUUUUCUUAUUGUCGCAACUUUCUUAUAUUGAAUAAAAAGUACUAAACUCACGUAAUGUAAUUUCAUUAAAUCUGUUCAUUUGUUAGUUUAAUCCCAAAUAUCCAGGACAUGUUUUUCAUGUAUUGGUAUGAGAGCCACACAUAUUGUCUGUCACAUAUAUUGUAUGAGAGAUGAUGAUACUACCCACUUGUCCAGGCUGAAUUAGAUUGAUCCGGACUCGAACCCGCAACUCACUGUGAAAAUCGAGUGUUUAAACCAAUGAGACACAUUUCUACACAUGCCUGCCUUCCGCAGGUGAUAAAGCUUUUAGUAACUAUAUAUAUAUAUAUAUAUAUAUAUAUAUCUCAUUUUGUACAUGAGGGACGCCAGUUUUCAGGCAUCAUCAAUAUGAUAAAUUACAUAUACGAUCAGUAAGCGUACUUAAUAAUAAUGAUUCAAUAAAAUACAUAUUUUUCCUACCUGUGUAAG